AUGGCCCAAGCACCCAACAAAGCGCAGGAGCGGCUCACCCAAGUAUCGGCACACCUCGGCGGCUCGCCCGACAGUGGCCCAUCGAUCCUGUCGAAAUCGCCGGACGAUGUCGUCGUCACCUGCGCCCUGCGGACUCCGUUCACCAAAGCAGGCAAGGGAUUGCUGAAGGACACUCCAGCGGCCGACCUUCUGGCAUAUACACUCAAGAAUCUGCUCGAGCGGUCCAAGAUCGACCCGAACCUGGUCGAAGACAUUGCCACCGGCUGCGUGCUCGCUCCCGGAGGCGGGGCGACCGAAUACCGCGCGGCGGCGCUGGUGGCCGGGUUCCCGACGACAACGGCCCUCAAGAGUCUGAACCGACAAUGCUCCAGCGGGCUACAGGCGUGCGUGGAUAUCGCCAACGCAAUCAAGGUCGGCAUGAUCGAGAUCGGCAUCGGCUCCGGCGUCGAGAGCAUGUCGUCGCAAUACGGGCCGGGCGCGGUCACCGAGUUCUCGGACCUCCUCGAAAACCACAUGGAGGCCGCCAACUGCAAGGUGCCCAUGGGUGUUCUGUCGGAGCAGAUGGCCAAGGACCGGCACGUGUUGCGGACCGACCAGGACGCGUUUGCGGCCAGCUCGUACCAGAAGGCCCUGAAGGCGCAGCAGGAGGGACUGUUCGACCAAGAAAUCGCCCCCGUCACCGUCAAAUACACGGAUCCCAAGACGGGCGAGGACAAGACGGUGACGGUGACCAAGGACGACGGCGUCAGACCUGGCAUCACGGCCGAAUCGCUCGGCAAGAUCCGCCCGGCAUUUGCAAAGGACGGCUCGAUCCACGCCGGCAACGCGUCGCAGGUUUCGGACGGCGCGGCGGCCGUGCUCCUCAUGAAGCGCAGCACCGCAGAGCGCCUUGGCCAACCUAUCGUCGGGAAAUUCGUCGCCUCGUCCAUAGUCGGCGUCCCGCCGUUGCUGAUGGGCAUUGGACCGUGGAAGGCGAUCCCCGUGGCCUUGGAGAAGGCCGGCGUCUCGCAGGACGAGGUCGACAUCUUUGAGAUCAACGAGGCCUUUGCCAGCCAGGCCGUCUGGUGCGUCAAGGAGCUGGGCAUCCCGUUCGAAAAGGUCAACCCUAAAGGUGGCGCUAUCGCGUUCGGUCAUCCUCUGGGUUGUACCGGUGCCAGACAGGUCAGCACGCUGUUCACCGAGCUCAAGCGCACGGGUAAGAAGGUUGGGGUCACGAGUAUGUGUGUGGGAACUGGCAUGGGGAUGGCUGCUGUCUGGGUUGCCGAGUAG